CCGUACAGAGAGCGAAGGGGAGGGGGGAGCCGGAGGAGCAAAUUUAAAAGAUGAGAUUAUGACAGCGGGUCGCGUUCAUAAUCCAAUACACAGCGGUGCUCUCCGGUUCUUAAAGUUGACCGAGGUUUCGGAGGAGUGACCGAGAACAACGUUUUACCUUCAUAAGGUAGCGAAGGCAGAGAGAGUAAAAUAGGGGGGGUGGUGGAGGUGGUGGUGGAGGUGGACUGUUGCUGGAUAUUUGGAGAAGGAAAACAACAUGGCCGCGGUGGAGCUGGAGUGGAUCCCUGAGACCCUGUACAACACCGCGAUAUCAGCCGUAGUGGACAAUUACAGUCGGUCGCGACGGGACAUACGCUCGCUUCCGGAAAAUAUCCAGUUCGACGUUUACUACAAGCUUUACCAGCAAGGCCGGCUUUGCCAGCUGGGAGGGGAGUUCUGUGAGCUUGAGGUCUUUGCCAAAGUCCUGCGUGCCUCUGACAAAAGGCACCUUCUACACCACUGUUUCCAGGCUCUAAUGGACCACGGUGUGAAAGUGGCUUCAAUCCUGGCCAACUCCUUCAGCCGCCGGUGCUCGUACAUUGCAGAGUCAGACGCACAUGUUAAAGAAAAAGCCAUUCAAUUUGGCUUCGUUUUAGGUGGAUUUCUGUCUGAUGCUGGUUGGUAUGGAGAUGCAGAGAAAGUCUUCCUCUCAUGUCUUCAGUUGUGUAUGUUACAUGAUGAGAUUCUUCACUGGUAUCGUGCACUGGAGUGCUGUGUGAGGUUGCUUCACGUGCGCAACGGCAACUGCAAAUAUCACCUGGGAGAGGAGACGUUCAAACUAGCCCAGUCGUACAUGGACAAGUUAGCCAAACAUGGUCACCAUGCCAACAAGGCUGCUCUUUAUGGAGAACUGUGCGCUCUGCUUUUUGCCAAAAGCCACUAUGAUGAGGCAUACCGCUGGUGUAUAGAGGCCAUGAAGGAGAUCAGUGUUGGCCUGCCUGUGAAGGUGGUGGUUGAUGUUCUGAGACAAGCCUCUAAGGCAUGUGUUGUUAAAAGGGAAUUCAGGAAAGCUGAGCAGCUGAUAAAACAUGCAGUAUAUUUAGCACGGGAACAUUUUGGACACAAACACCCAAAGUACUCUGAUACGCUGCUGGAUUAUGGAUUUUAUCUCCUAAACGUGGACAAUAUUUGCCAGUCUGUCGCCAUUUAUCAGACGGCCCUGGAUAUUCGGCAGUCUGUGUUUGGAGGGAAAAAUAUCCACGUGGCCACGGCCCAUGAGGACCUUGCCUACUCCUCAUAUGUGCACCAGUACAGCUCUGGAAAAUUUGACAAUGCCCUAUUUCACGCAGAACGGGCCAUAGACAUCAUAACACACAUUCUCCCUGAGGAUCAUCUACUACUGGCCUCUUCCAAGAGGGUGAAAGCACUGAUCCUGGAGGAGAUUGCCAUAGACUGCCAUAAUAAAGAAACAGAAGAACGCCUUCUGCAGGAGGCCCACGAUCUGCACCUCUCCUCUCUCCAGCUGGCUAAAAAAGCCUUUGGCGAGUUUAACGUGCAGACGGCCAAACAUUACGGCAACCUCGGACGUCUUUACCAGUCUAUGCGCAAAUUCAAGGAGGCUGAAGAGAUGCACAUCAAGGCCAUCCAGAUUAAAGAGCAGUUACUGGGACAGGAGGACUAUGAGGUGGCGCUGUCUGUGGGACACUUGGCCUCUCUUUACAACUACGACAUGAACCAAUACGACGACGCCGAACGGCUCUACCUCCGCUCCAUCGCCAUUGGUAAGAAGCUGUUUGGAGAGGGCUACAGUGGACUGGAGUAUGAUUACAGAGGUCUGAUCAAGCUUUACAACUCUGUGGGGAAUUACGAGAGUUUUGAAUAUCACAACAUCCUGUCCAACUGGAACCGUUUGAGGGACAGGCAGUUUGCAGUAGCCGACGCCUUAGAGGACGUGAACACCAGCCCCCAGGCUACAGACGAAGUGGUUCAGUCCUUCCUGCUGUCAAACAGCCCUGCUGUAGGACGUUCCUGUAUGGGAUAAAUGAACCGGACCCUAGCAGCAAGAGGGACUGGAUCCCAACCCACUCAUGAAAGCAGCUCCCACAGUUCUGUAAUUCACCUGAGCAUUGGUGAAGAGUCAAGUCAUCUCCACCAAUGCAAAAACUCUUCCGUUGGGAACGCAGCCUUCUGAUGAUGGCACCAAGUUCACUGUCCUGUAAAGAAUUUUUAGACUUCAGAGGAUGUGAUUAUUUAUCUGACUUGCAAAAAAAAAAAAAAAUAGGAAGAAAAAAAAUACCCUGAAAACACCUUAUUAGUUUUACAGAUUAAAAUAUACAAUGUC